AUGGUUCGAAUAAUACCAACAGUAAGUGAAGUAGUGAGUAAAAAUAUCUCUGUGGAAGAGUUUACUAAAAAUCAUGAAGUUUUACCAAAUAGCAUAAAAUAUGAGAAAGAACGGAAGAAGGCUACAAUUUGCCACAAACUUGGCUACUUUUUAACGAUGCGGAUGAUGAUUGCUGUAUUGAUGUCAUCAUGCUUAAUGGCAUUAUCAGUGACAACAACAAAUCUUGCUGGUUCCCUUGUUUGUAUGGUUGUAAAAGAUGAUGAAAAUAUGGCUAAUCCACGAAAUGAACGAUUUGAAAAUGGUAUGAAAGAAGAAAUAAAUGGUUCUGGGCAAAUUCCACAACCAUGUUCGUCUAACUUGGUCCAAAACAACGAAAUGAAAUUGUUAUUUAAUGAUAGGCCUGAUUCAGCACGUCUUUUAAAGCCAAAUAUCGAUGUUAAUCAAGGUUACAUUGAGAUACGAUCCUGUCACGUUGAUGGAAGAUUAAAUUGGACUAUGCUUGAACAAGGUAUGAUAUUAUGUGCCCAAAAUAUUGGCUCUCUUUUUAUGUUAGUAAUCGGUCCACAAGCAGAUCGCUUAAAUGGUAAAUGGACAGUAGCCGUGGCGCUAUUUGUCACUAUCAUCAGUGAUAUGAUGUUACCUCUUCUUGCUGCAAAGCAUUUUCUUUUUGCUAUUAUUGCUCGGACUCUUUGUGGAAUAGCCGAUGCUUUCCUUACACCAUCAAUUAGCUCUAUGAUUGUCCGUUGGUUUCCACCGAAAGAACGGUCGUUUGCUGUCGGAUUUAUUACGGGUGGUCGACAAAUUGGAAGCUUAUUAAUUUUACCAGUAUCAGGUUGGGUUUGUCUUAAAAAGGAUACAUUCGGUGGUUGGAAGUUUACAUUUUACAUUUCGGCAGUUAUUGCUGCAGUAAUGUUAUUUGUAUGGUUGGUUAUGUCAGCUGAUAAACCAUCGAAGCAUUAUUGUGUGAAAAAUGAGGAAAAAAUGUAUAUUUUAAGGAAAAUUAACGAGGAAUCAUUGGGAAAAAGAAAAGAACGAAAAAAUACGCCAUGGAAGGAAUUGCUAAUAUCUCGUCCAUUUAUUGUGGGAAUAUUAGCGGUAGUUUGUCAAGAGUAUCCGCUUGUUAUCACUACAACAUUACUACCAAUUUAUAUGAAAGAAGUGCUUCAUUUAUCGGAUGUUCGUAGUACCUUAUAUUCGGCAUUACCGUUAUUAGCACUAUGGAUCAGUAAGAAUCUCUCAUCAUCAUUGUCAUCGUAUUUGAGUGCUCGGAAGAAAGGAUGCUGUCCGAUUGGAAGGACAGUCCUUGUCAAGUCUUUUAAUGGUAUUGGCUCAGUUGGUCUUGCUAUCGGUCUCUUUAUGAUACCGUUACUGACACAUAGCACUCCAGCUUUGAUCGUUGUUUGUGCUGCAAAUGCAUUUGCUGGUUUGCAUACUCCUGGUGUAUUUACAGCUUUACUACAAAUUGGUCCGGCAUAUACGGGCUCAAUCACAGGCAUUGCUUUUUCUGCUGGACAUAUAGCUAACAUUGUGAAUAAACUCACAAAUGGAUUGAUUCUACAUUCGUGGUCCGGUUCUGCCGGUCAAUGGAAACUUUUGUAUACGAUAUCAGCAGUUGUUGCUUUCUUACCUGCGAUAUUUUUUACACUUUGGGGUUCCGCUGAUCUGCAACCAUGGGCAAUCCCGAAACUUAAACAGUCAUCUGAAUCAAGGAAGGCUGAUACUAACAUCGAUAGCGCAUUCCGAAACGAUAACUUCACAAGUAUAUCUUGCUGA